AAUUUUGUAGGUGGUGACAGUGGAUUGGAUGGGUUAGGAGGACCAGGAGUACAACUUGGAAGCCCUGAUAAAAAAAAGCGCAAAGCAAAUACACAGGGAUCAUCAUUUCCUCCUCCAUCUGAAUAUGCUCCACCGCCGAAUCCAAGCUCUGACCACCUUGUAGCUGCAAAUCCAUUUGAUGACAACUAUAAUACUGUGUCUUAUAAACCACUUCCUUCAGGAAAUCCGUAUUUUAGUAAUCCUGGUUAUCCUGGCUUUGGAGGCUAUAACACUUUCAGAAUGCCACCUCACAUGCUGCCUAGAGUGUCCUCGCCAUAUGGUGGUUCUUACUCUCUCAGAAAUCAACCACAUCCCCUUCCUCAAAACCCUGUGGGAAUGGGUUUUAGCCGACCCCACUCUUUCAGCUUUGGUCCACAUGAUAAUCCAGGUUUUGGGAAUCAACCACCUUAUAGUAGCGGUCAGAUAAAUCAAAAUGUCAAUAUGCCUAGUCAGCAUUUCAGACCAAAUCCUGGUGAGAACUUUGGUCAUUCUGGUCAGAUACCUCACCCUGAUGUGCCAUCUAACUUUGGUCCUGGAAACAAUCCAAAUUUCCCAAAUUCUCAGCUAGAGUCAAACCAUUCUUUUGUUCCUCCACCAAACGCGUACAACCAGACAAAAUCAUCAGCACAAAAGCAAGACUUCAGUCAAGGUGCAAGCAAAGCAUCAAGCCAGAACACUGCUGCUCAUCAGCAUCAUCACAGGACAGAGGACAUUGUGAGUCAAGGUAACAGUGACCUAAAAAAUGUUACACGAAACAAUGUGGUAAAUCAGGAUAAUAGCCAUUCUAAUAGCGCUGAUAACACUAAUGCUGGUCAUUCAAAUGGGACUCAGAGUAAGUCCCGCCAGCCUCGAGGUACUGCUGAAGGAUGCAACUCUGAAAAGAGCAACAAAACAGCCCUUCAUCCCAGUCGUCAUGGUCACUCAUCCUCUGAACCCGUCUAUCCAUGUGGAAUUUGUACACAUGAAGUUAAUGAUGAUCAGGAUGCUAUCCUCUGUGAAGCCUCUUGUCAAAAAUGGUUUCAUCGGAUCUGUACAGGCAUGACUGAGUCAGCUUAUGGCCUUCUUACGGCAGAAGCAUCGGCAGUAUGGGGCUGUGAUACUUGCAUGGCUGACAAAGAUGUGCAGUUAAUGCGUACAAGAGAGACUGCAGGACCACCUGCAUUGAAUACGGACGGCUAACAACGUGAAUUGGUGGUAGUGGUUGAAAUACUUACUAUGAAGAUUUGGUUACAAAUUGGGUACUUCACUUUCUGCAGACAAUCAGUUGUGUUUGAUUGCUGUCGUCUUUUUUUCCCUUAUCUGUUUUCAUUCAUAAACUUCCAUCUCAGCUUUUGUACUCUUUGUUUUCUGUGUGCAAAUGUUUUACAGGAUGGAAUAUUUUUUGUUUCCAAUUAAACUGUAAAACAUAAUUGACAACUGAUCAGAAUUAGGAUGUGCGUUGACAAUUUUAUCGAAGGCAAAAAUGUGCCUGUAUGAAUAGCACCUAAUUUGCUAGUAUUAAUGUCUUAGUAAAUAACACUAGCAUUUAGUGCUUGGGUUUAAUGGUACUAUAUUUGCAAGUACUCAUUACACUUUAUUUUUUUGGAGGUGAAUGUCCAUUACAAAUGUUCUUGCUAUUUUUUCUUUGAAUAUAGUGGAGACAACAUGGAGGAAUGUGCAGUACUAAUAGUUUUUAUUUUAGGGUAAACACAGAGAAUUUCAUGUGUGCUUUUUCCUAUUUUUGAAGCAAAACAUUAACACACUAUCCAAAAAUUGAUGAUUUCAUGUUUAGUAACACAAUGAAACCUGCUAACUCUCGCACAUUUAUAUUUCCUCAAGAAGGCAAUGAUCUCUUUUGACUUCUCAGCAAAUACUUACUGAAGACUCUUGCUAGGUCUUGCAGGAUUUGGAAAUAGUUACAAAAUAUGAUUACAUUGGAAAAAGAACACAUCAAGUUUAUGAAGUCCAGUGCUUUAAAUCUAGAGAAUACCAAAACUAGGGUUGCAUAUGUAACCUUAAUUUACCUUAAGCACAUACAUUAGGAAACAGUGUCUCCAUCUGUCACGGCUGUGCAAUCAUGCACUUCUCUCUCAUCCUUUCUCAUUGCUGGAUCUGGUCUGCUGCCUCACUGCUACCUGAGAAGUGUGAAUGAACUAGUGCAGGGAAAGUCCUGCCCAUCUUCUAGGGCUUUCAGCUGGAGCCUGCUCGGUCGCCCUGAGCUUCCACAGUCCACUUGGCAUGAAGGAGGGUGCAAGGUGAUGGACUGUGCUCAGCACAGGCUCUGAAUUGGAGGAUAAUUUGGCCCACAAAGUCUUAAAACUGAAUUACCCACUGCUGCCUCAGCCAGUCUUGCACUGAGGGGCUGGGAAAUCUAGGGUGAAGAAAAAUACAGCUUUCACAUCAGGUGAGUUUAGCUCGCAUCAGGAGCAAGUAAUUGGAAUUUAGCUUCUUAGCUAAACUUGACGUCCAGCUGACAAGUAUGAAUGGUACUAGAGCUUCAAGUGUGAUGCUAAGAAUUCCCUUUUAAUAUGGGUAAUUUGAUCUUAUUCUUGAUCUCAGAAAUACACACCCCCCCUUUUUUUUUUUUUUUUUUUUUCAACGUGGGAAAGCAUCUAGCUUUGAAGAAUUCAGCCUUAGGAGUGUGGUGAAGUUGCAUAUGCAACUGAAAAUGGGUCUUUCUGUAUAGAGAAGUGUUGCUUUAACUUAACUAAAAGGUGGCACUGUAGUAACAGACUCUGCCUGCAAUACUCACCACUGUACUGGAAACCUUUAGUUUUUAAACAAUCAGCAAUUAAAUCUAAUGUCAGGCAUUACAGGUACUCGUCGCGCUCCUUAAUGUGAUAAAAUUGUUCAGGUCUAUGGUGAUGAGAGAGGUAGGAGCCUAUAUAGACUACAGUCAUCUUUAUAAAGAGGUAGUUUCUUACGGUAAGCUAUGCUAAUGCAUGAAAAGCAAGGCCUGUUUGUUAGUUCAUCAUUGUGCUUGAUUUUAAAUGGGCUCUACUGUAGUACUUUCCUGGAAGAUACUGUGCAGAUCUACAUAACUGUCCUUGUUUUAUUUUAAAAGUGAAAAGCUUUGUAUACUGUUUAAUGGAGAAGUGCAGCAUUGCUCUCCUUUUUUGUCUUGCCUCUCAUCAGGAAAAAGGAAAUAAUGUCUAAAGUGUAAAUGACACAAUUCUUAUCUUGAGAAUUUCCUGUAUGGGGAUGUAAAGAAAGUUUAAAGCAGAUCCAUGGCUUCUCUUUUCAUCACUGUUUGCUUUAUUUAGCAGAGAAAUGGAAACUUAAUCUUAAUUUUUUUUUAGAGGUGUGAUAUUUAAAAGCAAACGACAGAAAAACCAAGCAAGCAACAACCUCUGUUAGAGAGAUUUAUUAUUCAGUAGUUUUCCUAAUGACUGACUGACUGUUAGAAUUUGCUUUUGGUAUCUAAAGUAGAAAUUAAACUAAGCCUUUUUUAGGUGGAUUUGUUCCUCUGGGAAUCAGUGUAAUCUCUGCAACAAUUUGCACUGUGAAGGUAGUGGAGCUAGUUCAGACUUACAACAAUGUCAAUGAAAUAAGAAAUUCUGCUCAGUGAAAAAUCAACAAAAGCUCCAACGAUGAUAUUGUUACCCAAACAUACUGUUCAAAAUACCUUUCCCACUCCUGUUGUGAGAAGAUGUUUGGGGUGUUUGUUCUCAGAAUUCCAAUUAAUGUUUUAACCUUUUGGAGCAGACAUUGUAUUUAAAAUACCUGUGUAUUUCUUAAUCUCUUCCUCAACCCUACAUGAAGUUACGCAAGUAUUUUCUGUAUUAGCUACCAAGGAUUAGAAUUUAGUGUUCUUACAAACUUAAAAUCAAUUGUAGUAUCACUUUAUAAGGCCUUAAAUCCUGUAUUUGUGAAAGUUAUUCUAACAAUUUAUUUCAGUUUUUCUAAACUGCUACUAUGUUGGGUUUGUAACCCAGUAAAUUUUCUGUGUUUUAUUAGCCUGCAAAUUCAAGGCAUUAGCAAAUGCUAAUUAUAUAAAAUAAAAACAAAUUAACAACUAAACCAAAUUUGUUACCACACAGAUCAUAGAGAUAUGACUGAUUAGGAUCUCCGAAAGUCAUCCAGCCAAUACACUUGCCCUGCUGAUACGCUCUUGGCAUGCCUGGACUCUUCAUCUAGAGAGAGGGUUACACUUUGUUUUUCUCUGCAUGUAUUGACUAGUAGUAGUUCAAGUAUGCACAGGAAAAACAACAAUCAUGUUUUGUUAGUAAGGUACUAGGAAAAUGUCAGCUGGUUAGAAUUAGAAAUUAGUUAUAGAA